UCAAUUAGUCAACUGCAUUUGACAAGGUCUUUUAGUUACUUUUAUACAUCUACACCGUGUUAAUAUUUAAGUUCAGUCAUUGAACACUAUCCAAAAAGACUCCGAUGAAAAAUGUUCACGGUAAUUAUUUUUAGAAGCUAUAAUUUUGAACGUGGCUAUUACCUUACCGGGAAAGUUUUGGCGUUAGAAUUUUGUAAAAUAGCCAUUAAGUGAUUUGAAUUGAAACAAUAUUUUAUUAGUAAAAUUUAUUUUUACUUCAAUUGAAAAUAGAAAGUGUCUGUAAAAAAUCUGAUUCAACACAUACUUAAUAUUUGAGAAAGAAACAGUAGAAAUUAACACGAAUCAAAUUAUUAUCUGAAAAUUCCGUGGUAUGAAUGAAGUAUGGGCGAACGAUGAGGUUUGGGGAUUGGAACAUCCGUUGCCCACCGGCUCGACAAACAUCUCGUUGGAACAUUAUCUACUGCAGAACCGAGGACCAAAGCAUCUCCCGUUGUCCGUCGUAGUGCCGAUAACCAUCGUCUACGCCUUCAUCUUCCUCUCUGGAGUCGUCGGAAACAUCGCGACGUGCGUCGUCAUUAUCUUCAACACUAGUCUACACACAGCUACAAAUUACUAUCUUUUCAGCCUAGCAGUGUCGGAUGUCACUCUUCUAUUGCUUGGUUUACCAAAUGACUUAAGUGCAUUCUGGCAGCAGUAUCCUUGGACUUUGGGAGAACCAUUCUGCAAACUAAGAGCCCUCAUCUCCGAAAUGACGUCCUACACGUCAGUGCUGACAAUAGUUGCGUUUACAACUGAACGUUACCUCGCCAUCUGUCAUCCAUUACUCUCCUACACCAUGACAGGGCUGAGACGAGCCGUGCGGAUCGUAACUGUUGUCUGGGGACUGUCGUUCAUCAGCGCUCUACCCUUCGCUUUGUUUACGAAGGUGAACUACAUCACGUUUCCGCCAGAAACAAACAACAUCGUAGAGGAGUCUGCGUUUUGCGGGAUGUUGGACGAGAACAUUCCAGAUAACUUGCCAAUCUACGAGCUCAGCUUCAUUGUGUUCUUCCUCCUGCCGUUGUGCAUCAUCGGCGUCUUGUACACUAAGAUCGGGCUGCAGAUCCGAUCUGGGUCGUUGGACAAGGGAGUGAACGGGUCAGUGCAUGGGGAGACAAAAACAUCUCAGUCGAGGAAGUCGAUUAUCAGGAUGUUGGUUGCAGUCGUGAUAACCUUCUUCCUAUGCUGGGCCCCAUACCAUGCCCAGAGACUCCACUACCGCUACGGUAGAGACAGUGACUACUACUACCAGAUCAACGAGUGGCUCUACUACGUAGCCGGAUGUUUCUACUACCUUUCAUCAACAGCUAAUCCUUUGCUGUAUAACCUAAUGUCUGGCAAAUACAGAGACGGCUUCCGGCGGACAUUCUGCGGCAGAACCCGCCAAGACAGCGUCAGAAGCACUAGUGGUCCUCGAAGUGCGUAUAGAUCGUCCGUUUCAGAGACGGCGCCUCUCAAACCUCCUGAAGAAACAAAAAUCAAGUGGAACAAGCCCGGACGAGACUUGGUGGUGACAAUAUCUCCAGAUGAGGGCAGCACUACAGUGACUACCCAGAGUCAUUGGCCGUGGACGGAACUGCGAGUCACCAUGGAUCAUUCGCAGACUCGCAAGAGUCAACCUGUCCCCAAGAUUUGUGUGGAAAUGGAAACUUGCUUGUAACAGACCCAAGCUAAUUAUUAAAUCAGAUUUCUAGUGUUGUUUUUCA